AUGGCUUCUACAAUGAAAUUGAGUCAAUUGUUCUCAUUGCUGGCAUUCGUUUGCAUGUUCCUCAUCAAUCUGUCAUUUCCAGGGUAUUCAGCUGCAGACGUAGUGGGAAAUGAGACUGAUAAACUUGCAUUGCUUGCAUUCAAGUCCCAAAUAAUUGAAGAUCCUCUUGGAGUCUUGGCCUCGUGGCAUGAGUCUUUCCAUUUUUGCAACUGGACUGGAGUUUCAUGUAGCAAUGAACAGCAAAGGGUCAUUAAUUUGAAUCUACAAGGGAAAAUAUUGUCUGGAAUGCUGUCAUCUUCGGUCGGGAAUUUUUCGUUCAUCAACCUACUUGAUCUGUCUGGCAACUCCUUCCAAGGUGAGAUUCCCCCGGAACUUGGCAAGCUCGGAAGGAUUCAAAACUUGAAUCUCAGCUAUAAUCUUCUAGGUGGAGGAAUUCCACCUGUUUUAUCCAACUGUUCCAGCCUCCAGGGCUUGGCACUAAACCACAACUAUCUCAUAGAGUCAAUUCUACCUGAGCUUGGAUUAUUAUCAGAGCUCAGGAAACUGUAUCUUGGAAACAACAAUCUCACAGGUACUGUCCCAGCUUCCCUUGGAAAUUUAUCAUCUCUUCAGGAGCUAGAUAUGUCGUACAACCGGUUGAAGGGUGAGAUCUCGAGUACAAUAUCCCAGUUGAUAAACCUUCGAGUAUUCCGAUUAUCAGUAAACAUUAUUUCUGGGGAAUUUCCAGCUCCAUUGUACAAUUUGACAUCCCUAGAAUUUAUAGCUCUGUCCUUUAACAACUUAACUGGUAAGCUGAGUAACAAUAUUUAUAGGGAAUGUGAGCCUCCACGUCAUCAGUCUCCAAGUCAUUAG